GGACGCGGAGGCGCAGGUAACUGGCAAGCGGCGCAGCAGGAAAGCGAGAAAAUCCAGGCAGAUGUCGAGGCCGACCGGUCCUUGUCCUCUUCCGCAGCCGGCUCAACAGUCCCCCGAGAACAGCGGGAGCACGCGUACAGUGGACGUGGAGGCAGUGGCAACUGGUACAGUCCCAAGGAGCUUCAUCAAAACGGUACUUUUAAAGACUUGGUACUGGGAGGCAGUCCAGCGCCCAAAGACAAUAACAUCACCAACAUCACCACCACCACCAACAACAGUAGUAGUGUCACGCGGAAAGUCGGGCGGGGCGGAGCCGGGAAUAUGACAUUUGGAGUGACAGAGGAUGAGGAGCGUGCGUUGAGGAGGUCUCAAGAGGAGCAGCAGAAGGGGAAAGAGAUUUCUUCGCACGUUGAAGCUACCGUCAAUGCUACGCUUGCAGAACCACCGAAAGCGAAAUUA